GGGGAACGUGACCGCCCGUUGAGCCGGCCGGGCCUCGGGCAGCCCUGACGUCACAACCGAACCCGCGCACCCUCCACCCCGAGGUAUUUACCUUUGAAAAGUGGCAGCGGCCGCAGUCUGGGCUGGGGCCAUGUGUCCCUGAAGACAUGGAGUUUGUGUCUGGAUACCGGGAUGAGUUCCUUGAUUUCGCUGCCCUUCUGUUUGCCUGGUUCCGAAAGUUUGUGGCAGAGCGUGGGGCUGGAGGGACCAGCCUGGAGGGCCGUUGGCGACAGCUGGAGGCCCCAAUCAGAAGGCUGCCCUGGGACCCUGCCCUUUGGGUGCUCCAUGUCUUGCCCAACCCUAGUGUGGGCAUCAGCCUGGGGCAAGGGGCAGAGCGAGGCCCUGGACCAGGCCUGGGGGCUGCCCGAGUCCUGGGAGACGACCUUCCACUCCACCUUCAAGACCUGAGCCCCUACAUCAGAUUUGGCAGCCUAGAGGAUGGGGAGGAAGGGGAGGAGGAAGAUGAAGAAGAAAAGAAGAGAGAGGAGGGGGGUGCAGGCACAGAGAAGGUGGAACCAGAGGAGGAUCAGGAGCUAGCCCCUACCAGCAGGGAGUCCUCCCAGGAAGUAAACCCUCCAGGAGAGUCAGAGGAGGCUGAGCAGGUGGCAGGAGGUGGUGAGGAUGGCUGCCAAGAGAACAGGGUGGAGGACAAAACAAGACCCCAGAAGAGGAAGGGACGGAGGAGUGAGGCUGCCCCCCUGCACCUUUCCUGUCUCUUACUGGUGACGGAUGAGCAUGGCACCAUCUUGGGCAUUGAUCUGCUGGUGGAUGGAGCCCAGGGGACUGGAAGCUGGGGCUCAGGGACUGAGAGCCUGGCUCCUCGGGCCUAUGUGCUCCUCUGUCACAGCAUGGCCUGUCCCAUGGGCUCCGGGGACCCCCGAAAGCCCCGACAGCUUACUGUGGGAGAUGCCCGGCUGCAUCGAGAGCUGGAGAGCUUGAUCCCAAGGCUAGGUGUGAAGUUAGCCAAGACCCCAAUGAGGACAUGGGGUCCCCGACCAGACUUCACCUUUGCUUCCCUUCGUGCUCGAACCUGCCACGUUUGUCACAGGCACAGCUUUGAAGUGAAGCUGACACCUUGCCCCCAGUGUAGUGCUGUCUUGUAUUGUGGAGAGGCUUGUCUCCAGGCUGACUGGUGGCGGUGCCCAGAUGAUGUGAGCCACCGAUUUUGGUGCCCAAAGCUUGCAGCCUUCGUGGAGCGGGCAGGAGAACUAGCAACCCUGCCUUUUACCUACACCACAGAGGUGACCAGUGAAACCUUCAACAAGGAGGCCUUCCUGGCCUCUCGGGGCCUCACUCGUGGCUACUGGACCCAGCUCAGCAUGCUGAUUCCAGGGCCCGGCUUCUCCAGGCAUCCCCGAAGCAACACGCCAUCCCUUAGCCUUCUUCUCGGUGGAGAUCCCUACCAGCUUCUCCAGGGGGAAGGGCCUGCCCUAAUGCCUCCUGUGCCCCCAGACCCACCACGGGGUCUUUUUGGCUCAUGGCAGGAUUACUACACAUGGCGGGGCCUCAGCUUGGAUUCCCCCAUGGCUGUGCUUCUCACCUACCCGCUGACUGUGUACUACGUCAUCACCUACCUGGUGCCCCAGUCCUUCCCUGAGCUCAACAUCCAGAACAAACAGUCACUGAAGAUCCACGUGGUGGAGGCCGGGAAGGAGUUUGACCUUGUCAUGGUUUUUUGGGAGCUCUUGGUCCUGCUCCCCCAUGUGGCCCUGGAGCUGCAGUUUGUAGGUGAUGGCCUGACCCCUGAAAGCGACCAGCAGCAUUUUACCUUGCAGAGGGUGAGGGCUGAGGGGGCCCUGCUCUUCAGCCCUGACCCCUCCAGUGACCUCUUGGACGGCCCCGAGGUGUCUGUCCGGAAUGGUUCUGGCGUAUCAGCACGGCCCAGCUCUGGCACUAAGGAGAAGGGGAGCCACAGGGACCUGCAGAUCAAGGUGUCAGCCAGGCCCUACCACCUGCUCCAGGGGCCCAAGCCCGACCUGGUUAUUGGAUUUAACUCUGGGUUUGGUCUCAAGGAUACAUGGCUGAGCUCUCUGCCUCGCCUGCAGCCCUGUCUGUCAUCCUGGCUGCUGGGACGGAUCUGGAGAGGGACCUCUCAGAGCGAGUCUUGCCCCACCCAGUCCCUCCGAGUGCCAGCCUUCUUCACCGAGAGCAGCGAGUAUGGCUGCGUGAUGGACGGCCAGACCAUGGCGGUGGCCACUGGAGGGGGCACUAGCCGUCCCCAGGUCAACCCCUUCCGCUCCCCCUUUCGCCUCAGAGCGGCCGACGACUGUAUGCCCUGGUACUGCAACGCCUUCAUCUUCCACCUGGUUUACAAGCCUACGCAAGUGAGCCGGGCCCACCCGGCCCCCGGCCCCGCACCCCCGUCCCCAACCCCCUCCGUUCCUCCAGCCCGCACCCGAAGGCGCCGAGGAGAAAAGAAACCCGGGCGGGGGGCCCGCCGGCGGAGAUAAGUGCUGAGACUGUAGUAGUCCCCCCUCCCAAACAGGCUCCGAAAGGAAAACGAAAUCACUCAGGGCCGAGGGGGAGGUCAGGUUGGUAAAACACGAAAAGGUAAAUAAAAUUACUUGUUUGAAA